AUGAACACCAACAAUCCCAAUAUGGCCAACAUGAACGCCAUGGGCGGCGGCCCUGUUGGCGCUCCCGUACCCAUGAUGAAUAAUGGCGCAGUUGCUCCCCAAGUCGCCGGCGGUCCACGACAAAUGACCAUGCCCACUGAGAGCCAGCGCACCUUGCUCAACACCUAUAUCUACGAGUAUUUCCUCCGCCAUCAAAUGUUUGAUUGCGCUAGAUCCCUCCUCAACGGAGAACACCAAGUCAACGUCAUGAAGGAUGGCUCCAACCGGCGGAGGGACGAGAAUGGCAAUCUCAUCGGCAAUGGACUCGGUGAUGACCCCAUGGACACCGACUCCAAAGAUGACAUCGACGCGAAGCUACCUGAAGACCUUCCCGCCCCCAAGUUGCCCAUGCCCGCCUCAGAAUCAUCAUUCCUAUAUGAAUGGUUCUGCCUAUUCUGGGACAUUUUCCACGCGCAACGAGCAAAGGGUGGUAAUGGUCCUGUCAACCAAUAUGUCAGCCAUACUCAGCAGCAAUCCCGCAUGCGGCAAAACCAGCAGCAGGAGCUUCUCCGCCAGAUGCGCCCCGAUGGCAUUGCUGCCCAACAGCAAUAUCAUUCCCAGAUGAUGCGCAACAUGCAAAAUGGCCAUGCUGGCGGCAUGGCCAUGAACAUGCAAAAGGGCAACCUGGCAAGGGCGGCCAUGGCGAACAACCAAAACAAUCCCCAGGCCAUGCAAAUGCUUCAGCAUGCGAAGCAAACCCAGAUGCAGCGAGACCCUUCGGACAUGGAUGGCAACCGCCAGCGCCCCUCAUCGCCUGGCUCUGGUGAAAACGCCCCUUCGCCAUCCAAGAGACCUCGCCUAGACGGGGCGCCCAACUUCCCGAAUCAGCCCGGAAUGAUGCCGAACGGAAGACCGCAGCAGGGCAUGCCGGGCCAGCAGAUGGGGACAACCCCAAACGUAGCUCAAGCCCAGCAGAUGCUCAUAACCAACGGAAUCAAUCCGGCAUCGCUGACCCAGCAGCAGUUUACGACAUUCUCAAACCAACCACCUGCCGUCCAAGCUAAGUCCAUUGCCACAUAUGCGGCAAACCUCCAACAGCAUCAAGCUAGCCAGAUGCCUAACAAACCUAUCCCUAACGCGUCCGGUCCCCAGGGUCAGGGCUCACCCAUGAUGGCUCAAGGCUCCGAAGGGGCUGGCCUAGCUGCGUACUACAAUGCUGGGGAGAUGGGUCCAGGAGGAAUUCGGCCUGGCCCAGGCGGUGCCCAAGCCGGCGGUGGAAGUAACCACGCUCUGCAGGACUAUCAAAUGCAGCUAAUGCUUCUGGAGCAGCAGAACAAGAAAAGACUUAUGAUGGCUCGACAGGAGCAAGACAACAUGGGUGGCGGCGCCAUGCCCAGAGACGGUCCAGCUGGGCCUGGCGGCCCCGGCGCACCCCCUGGCCCAAAUGGUCAGCCAUUUCCAGAAACGUCGCCCCAAGGCGCCAGAACCGGAGCUUCACCAAACCCAACGGAGCAGAUGAAGAGAGGCACGCCGCAGAUGAACAACGCUGGCAUUCCGUCACCGCUGCCAGAGGGCGCACAAUCGCGCGGUUCCCCCAAUCCCAUGAACUUCAUGGGCAACCAAAUGGACCCGAAUAUGGCGCCACACUUCUUCAAGGGCAUGGGUAACCAGAUGGAUGGCAACAUGGCUGGCAAUCAGCAGAUGAAUGGCGGCAUGCGCCCGCCCAGCUCGCACCCUGGUCAGCAGUUCAACGGCCAGAUGAACCCUCAACAGAUGAUGGUCGCCCGGCAACAGCAACAGGCGCAACAGCAGCAGCAAGCCCAACAGCAGCAGCAGCAGCCACCUCAGCAGCAGCAACAGCCUCAGCAGGCUGGUCAAGGGGGUCAGCCAGUGCAAUGGCAACAAGGCGGCCCGAAUGGACAGAUGGUGCCACAGGGUCCUCAGGGAUCGGUUCAGGGUACACCACAGCAACGGUCGAUGCCACCGCCGUCCGCACCAGCUGGCGCCAACUCCAACCGGACAAGCACUUCCUCACCUCAACAAGUGACAGCGGCACCCCCAACUCCGUCACAGUCCAACAAGGCGGCCCCGAAGAAGAAGGAUAACAAGAACGCAAAGACAAAGGCUGCGACGCAAAAGAAGUCCAACAACAACCUGAACAGCGGAACCACACCAGCCGCUGACAGUGCGCAAGACGCCGAGGCGGCAACGCCGGCCACUCCCAUCACCCCUGUCAACCCUGCCAGCUUCACCAAGAAUGGUCAAAACGCCGCCGUGCCCGCCGUACCCAAUGGCCAGGCUGCUGCUCCCGCACCCGCCCCUCAACCUCAGGUGGCCCCUCAGGCGCACAACGAUACCAACCAAAACGGAGGAUUCAUGGACAACUCCAACCCGAUGGUGGACUUCGGCGCUAUGGCUUUCGCUGACCCAUUGGUCUCGGACAACGUUCUCAACGAUUUCGACUUUGAUUCGUUUCUGCACGAAGAUGGCGAUAAUCAGGCCUUUGAUUUCAAUACGGGGUCGUUCGGCAUGGAGGGUGCCAAUGAAAUUGGCGCAGAUUAG